UGGGCACUGGGCAGGCACUCCGGCACUGGCUCCUUCCUUCCCUUUCCCUGAUCCCUCGUCCAGUCGUCCUCCUCUGCCCGGUACAGCUGCGAAGCCGGCACUGGCUCUGCUCUGCUCGCCAGCAGCACCGACCUCCACUCUACGUCUCCACCAGACCACCAGCAAGGCGAGCUCCUUUUUCACUCCCCCAAAUCUCUGAAUAAAAAAUCGCGCAAGCAACCUCGCUCCACCGGCCUCCGCAAGUUCGUUCAGUCAGGUCAGGUCCCAGCCCACGCAGCAUUUGACAGCGCGAGGCGGUUGCCCAGUCAGCUGGGGUGGACGGCUUUGAUUUGCUUCGAAGGGAGUGAGAUUGGUUGAAGCCUUCGACCAAGGUUGUCGAUGGAUUCUGGGAUUUGGGCAUCUGUUUGGAGCUUCAUCAAGUUCCUGCCUUUCUUCUUUGCGCUUCUCCUCCUGGGCAUCAUCAAAGGUGCUUUGUUUGGCCCAUGGGCAUGGCUUGUCAUGACAAUUGGAAUUUCUGCACUUAUUCUAGGCUUAUGGCCUAUGCAUGUGAUUUGGACAUAUUACUGCAUCAUCAGAACCAAGAUGGUAGGACCGGUCGUAAAGUUGCUGCUUCUUAUUGUUGCAACUGCGGUUUUGGUUAUAUGGCUAAUAAUUGGCGUCGUGGGAAGCAUCCUUGCUGGUUUGGCCUAUGGCUUUCUCGCACCAGUAAUGGCUACAUUUGAUGCGAUUGGGGAAGGAAAAGAAAAUCCACUUGUUCACUGUUUUUUGGAUGGAACAUGGAGCACUAUCACAGGAAGCUGUACAGUUGUCAGGGACAUGAAAGACAUGUUGGUACACUCAUAUUUUUCAAUCAUGGAUGAAGUUCGUCUUCAUGCACCACCCGACGGCAAGCCAUAUGAGAUAAGAUUGCUACAAAUUCCUGGUGCAAUAUUUGCUGCUGCUUGUGGGCUUGUAGUGGAUGCAAUAAUGUUCACACUGAUUGCCUUGUACAAGUUCCCCGUUAUGCUAUUCAAAGGAUGGAAGCGGUUGAUUGAAGAUCUUAUUGGCAGAGAAGGACCUUUUCUUGAGACAGCUUGCAUGCCAUUUGCUGGUCUUGCAAUUCUUCUCUGGCCAUUUGCAGUUAUAGGAGCUUUUAUAGCCUCUGUUAUUUGCAGUGUUCCUUUUGGUGUAUAUGCUGCUGUGGUGGUUUAUCAGGAAUCCUCACUUUUCUUGGGACUGUCUUAUGCAAUAUCAUCAGUAUCCAUCUUUGAUGAAUAUACAAAUGACGUACUUGACAUGGCACCAGGAUCUUGCUUUCCUAGGUUUAAAUAUAGGACAAAUGAAGCUUCCUCACAUGGUGGCUCUCUCUCGAGACCCGCUUCAUUCAAGGACAAGCAUGAUGGAAAGAAAGCCCCUCAGCGUGUAACAUCAUUUAAAAGUAGCUUUGAUGAGUUCAAUCCAUUCAAGUUGCUAGAUCACCUUUUCAUAGAGUGUAAGCACCAUGGCAAGGAUCUGGUCGCUGAAGGAGUGAUAACCCCAAAAGAUAUAGAAGGAACAAAGGCAGGCAAAGCCAGCACUGGGGUACUUAAUGUUGGGUUACCAGCAUAUGUUAUCCUUAAGGCACUCCUCCGAUCUGCUAAAGCCAAUUCUGAUGGUCUCGUUCUAAGUAAUGGAUCUGAGAUAACAUCCGACAAUAGGCCUACGAGUAAAAUCUUUGAGUGGUUUUUUGACCCUCUGAUGGUAAUCAAAGAUCAAAUCAAAGCUGAAAACUUCACAGAAGAAGAGGAAGCAUACCUUGAGAAGCAAGUGCUCUUGAUUAGUGAUCCAAAGCGCAUCAAGGAGAAUCUCAUUCGGCUUCCACCAUUGAGUGAGAGAAAACAAGCAGAAAUAGAAGCAUUUGCUCGAAGGUUGCAAGGGAUCACAAAGUCGAUAUCAAGGUACCCCACAUCCAAGCGUCGCUUCGACGCCCUUGUGAAGGCUCUUUCAGAAGAGCUUGCAAGGACAAUGGGUGGUAAUCAAUCUGCCAAUGGGUCUCAGGUCCGGAAGAUAAGAAGUGGUAUCGUCCGAAUGCUUAGUCAGAGAUCACUAGGGAAAACAACAGGCAUCCCGGGCGAUGAUCAUGAGGCUCAGCUAACAAGCGAUGGUUUCACUUCAUGAUGUUCUGGAGGUGUUCAACUGUAACCUCAGUUUGAAAAGGAGAUACUACUUUUCUGUGUUAUUUUGCUAACUGGAUACAAAGAACUGACACUUCUGUAUGAAGAGUUUAACCUCAA